CAGUAAAAGCCCAAUAUGGCAGAAGCGGUCGGUCUUGCGCGGUAACUAAAGCAACAUUUCAACUAACACACUGUCAUAUUCAACACUAAUCAGCACAAGACCGCCGCGAUGAGGGAGAGACAGAAGAAAAAGAAGGGGAGGACAUGGGCAGAAGCUGCUAAAACGGUAUUAGAAAAGUACCCCAACACACCUAUGAGCCACAAAGAGAUCCUACAGGUGAUCCAGAGGGAAAGACUGAAAGAGAUUAGUGGUACUUCCCCGCUGGCCUGUCUCAAUGCUAUGCUCCACACUAACUCUCGUGGUGAAGAAGGGAUCUUCUACAAAGUUCCUGGACGAAUGGGGGUCUACACACUGAAGAAGGACAUUGGGGACGUGGUGAAGGAGCUGUCUGAGGAGGGAUCCGAGGAGGACGAUAGUGAUAAUUUGUCUGAUUCCCAGUGCACAGAGAACAACAAUUACACUAACAACCAGGAGGGCAUGAGGGGACAGUGGAGGAGGAGAGCUCCAUCAAAGCAAAUGCUAUCAAAAGACCCCAAAAGACCCAAGUCCAAGGAUAACAGCUACGUGCCCUCCACGCUGCCAUCUGAUCCGUCGUCUCCUCAGCCACGUUGUUCAUCUCCCUCUGUCCCCAGUAGCAAGCUCAUCUCUCCCUCACAGAAACACAGCAAGAAGGCUCUCAAACAGGCCCUGAAGCAGCAGAGGAACCAGCGGAGACAGGGGGGCAUGCCCACCACCUCCAGCCCAAGGCUGCUCAUCAAGAACGUGAAGGACAUGGCUGACGCCAUUCCCACUAAGACCGACUCCUGUCCUGCUUCUGGUACCAGGAAGAUGUCUCAGAGGUCCAGUCGACUCAGUGCACGGCAACUGAAGCAUACCAAGUGUGCAGAGAUAGAUGUUGAGACACCAGACUCUAUCCUGGUUAACACCAACCUGCGUGCCCUGAUCAACAAACACACCUUUUCUGUCCUGCCCACAGAGUGCCAACAGAAGCUACUCACACUACUGCCUGAGGUCGACCAACAGGCCUGUAUGGAUGGUCUGUUAAAGGUCACCAGUUCUGCCUUGAACAAUGAGUUUUUCACAUCAGCAGCUCAGUCCUGGAAGGAACGACUGGCAGAAGGUGAGUUCACUCCUGAGUUGCAGCUGAGAAUGCGUCAGGAGAUUGAGAAGGAGAAGAAGGUGGAGUAUUGGAAGGAAAGUUUCUUUGAGAGCUACUAUGGUGAAAACUCUGGACUCAGCUUAGAGGAAUCCAAAGAGCUGCUUGAGUCUGGUCUCAGUCUGGAGCUCUCAGCCACCAAACCCCAGUUGUCUCCUCCAACACAGCCAAGUCCUGCUGGCCAAGCACUGCAAGAUCCCAAGGUCCCUGAGAACAGCUGCCAUACUCGUUCGUCAGAGAGGAGGCUCCGAUCAUCAUCACUGCCUAUAAACCCUACAUCUAAACCCAUAGAACCUCCAUCUAAACCCAUAGAACCUCCAUCUAAACCCAUAGAACCUCCAUCUAAACCCAUAGGGAUUUCCAAGCCAAGACUGGAACCAGAGCCUGUUCACGAUGAACCAGUACCAGUCCCACCCAUUGUCCCACCAGUUAUAUUACCGAAAAAUGUACAGAAGACACUGGAGGUUGAGUACCCCAGACACAGGACUCGUAGCAGAGGUUUAUCCCUGCCUAUAAUGGCAGUGGAGGCACCUGUUGUGCGGAGGCAGGAUGUGGUGGACUCAACCUUAAUGGUUACUCCACUUGGGGAGAAGCAGAUGGAGGAAGAGGAACAGAAGCUGAAAGAAGCUCAGCCGGAGACCCCCCAGUCCCCUGAGAUCCCACAGUCCCCUGCCCUGGAGAGUCCUCCAGAGUUCUGCUCCCAGACGAAGCUCAGAUCAUCACUGCCGUCCGACCUUUCAAAGCCAGAGCCUUUGGGCUUGGACGAGCACAGUGGGGAGAGGAGGGAAGAUGUUGCACCAGAGAGAGGCGCCUCGGUGUCAGUCACCCCCGUAUCCACCCCCGUAUCCACCCCUCUAUCCACCCCCGUAUCCACUCCUCUAUCCACCCCUCUAUCUACUCCCGUAUCCACCCCUCUAUCUACUCCUGUAUCCACCCCUGUAUCUACCCCCAUAUCCACCACCCCAUCCCCAGAGCCGUUGAAAAGGAAGUCCUCAUCCAGUGAACAGGAAGUAGAGCUGACUCCAGAGAAGAGGGCCCGCAUCACGCCACCGACAGUAUCUGUGGUAACCUCUCCAGCAGCCACCAUAACAACAGCUCAGAGAGUGCCUCCGCUUAAGAUUCCUGUGUCACGAAUCCUAUCAGUCCCUGCAUCUCCAACCCAGGUGUCCCCCAGGACCCCUGUCCCGCUCAGCCCUGGCCCCAGCCCCGGACGCACUGGUGCUCGCACUCUGGCUGACAUCAAGGCUAAAGCCCAGCUAGCCCGGGCUCAGCGUGCAGCAGCAGCUGCUGCAGCCAGCUCCUCCUCUAAAGGUGCAGUACCAGGCCCAGGACCAGGAGGAGGCAUUGUAGAGCAUAGAGCUUCAGCCCAGACCCUCCACUCCAGGCCCCCCUGCUCCACCCAGUCUCAGUCAACCACCAGGCUGCCAGUAAGUAGCAUCACUGGUCAAUCUACCUGUCAAUCACCUGAUGCAGUCACCACACCAGCCCACUCCAGUUCGGUCCAAUCAUCAGGCUCCUCUGUGCCCUUUGACCUUAGCCUGUCUCAAAGAAGCUCCAACACCGGUAGAACGUCUCUCACUGAUGACCAACAGAGAGGCUACUCCGAUGGUCUGAUGAACCCAGGUUCUCUGAUGGGACCUCAACAUGGGAACAUUCAACAUACGUCAUACCCACCAGGUCCCCAGUCAACCUCUAGCUACACUUCAUCUGUGUGUGGUGUGAAGAGCCAGUAUGUAUCUGGAAGCUCCAUGGCAGCCAUGGCUAGCCACCUUAUCCCAGCCAACAACCCUCUGGUCACAUCUCUCCUCCAGGGGAAAGAGGUCCCUCAGGAACAGAUCUUCCCCAAGCCUUUGGCCAAGGCCGAUGUCCAGAUGUCCCAGGCCAAACCCUCCCAUGAUGACAAAGGGACAAUAAAGUCCCACAGCACUGCUGAAACAGCCAGUGAUGAGAAUAAGAGCCAAUACCUACACGCUGGUGGUGUGGAGGACUACAGUAGAUCUGAACAGCAAGGAUCCAUAGGCCAGUCCACUUCCACCAUACCUGGAACAAGAGCAGGUAUGUUGUCAGAGCUCCAGCACCAUCAAAGGGAAACACCUAACAAAGACAUCCAGGAACAGAUCCUUCAGGCUCUGAUGCACAGGGCCACCCACCAGCACCAGAACCAGCCAUUUGGGGUCUCAGGUGGAGCUCAGCCUGCCCAGUUCGGAGCUUGUCAUCUGGGGCACCAGGAGUGUGGGGACCGUCCCCGGUUCUCCGCGGGGUUCCCUGGACGGAAGAGGAUGUCCAGGCCUGCCAUGUCAGGGCACUACCUCCUCAACGUCUCCACGUACGGACGAGGCUCAGAGAGCAGUAAACGCUUCCACCCAUUGACCACCGUUAACACCUCACUGACCCCACUGGCCAAUCUGAAGAGAGAGCACAUCGGGGGGGAGAGGCUGGCUAACGAAGGGGAGGAGUCAGUGGAGAAUAAGUCUCAUUCUCAUUCUAACCCUGCUGGAGUCAAGAUGGAAGAGCAGGGCUUCUCAGUCACAAAAAUGGAUGAAGCUCUGGGCUUUCAACACUGCUCCAAAAUAAUGUCUGAGUCUCCAUCAGUGGGGGGCUGUAUACCAGAGCAGGAGGACAACAGUUCAGCCGGUACAGAUAGAGACAGUGGCACUUCUGCAAGAGCCAAAGAAACCAAACCUUUCACCCAAUCACAAUCACAGCAGAGGAGGCACCCGGAACUCUGCAAUACUAAACAGGGUGGUCAUUCCGAGCAAUAUCGUUUAUCUGUAUCUCCCCACGUGGGGACCAUGGACCCCACUCACCCCACUACUCACCAGCGUCCGUCUGCCUUUCAAACUCAGAGACCUCCAAUCGAUAAUCAGGAAUCCAAUUUGGGUUCCUGCUACGGUGGCAUCAUCAGCAUGUCUGUACCUCACGCUCUGAAUCACAAUGCUGCUGCUUCAGGCACCGCUUCUAGCGCCUCCCCCUCUGUGUCAGGUAGUGGUGGGGACAGCGGCAGUGGCACCGGCAGUGUCAUGUCUUUCUCAGUGACCGUCACCACCAUACCUGCCGGUCACCCGUUGGACCACAGCAGCCAGGGGGAGGGGUCUCCAGAGCAGGGGUUUAUGGAGGGAUCUGGUAUAGAGGACGUUCAGUCUAAAUGCUACUGCCGACUCAAGGCUAUGAUCAUGUGUAAAGGGUGUGGGGCCUUCUGCCAUGACGAUUGCAUUGGCCCUUCGAACCUCUGUGUGUCGUGUCUAGUGGUACGAUAAAACUACUAUUAAUGUAGUGCUGAGCGAAUAACUAUUAUUAUUUUUCGUCGGUUCAAUUAUUUGAAUUGCAUUUCUGUUAGCUCUAUGCAGUUUCUGUAGAGUUACAUCAGAUCAAGCCUGAAACUGUGUGAUGUUGUAGUUCCUAACAGGACAAUGUUCUACAUAGUUGAGCGCCGAAAACAUGCUAAUAACUACGUACGGUCUGUGGAGCAAGACACGGGGAAGAGAGAGAACGCGCGAUCGAGAGAGAUCGAAGGCAGUCGCUUCGCGAGCAUGAAAAUACAUGAUCUAAGUGUUUGAUAGUUGGUAUUUAGCGGUCAUAAAAGUAUGCCUUAUUUACUUUGAACUACUAAAUAGUGAUUUUUGUUGUACAGCAUAGGCAGCAGCUCUAGAUGAGAUGAUGACUUGGAAUGAAGUAAAAAAAUAUAUUAAAACAUCAUCAAAUAAAACAAAUAUUUUAUUAAAGUAAUAUGAAUAAAUGAGGGUUAAUAAGUGAUACGCAACAAUGGCCAGUCAUUACCAUCAUGUGACUUUUAUUAAUUGUUUUAUUCUGUGUUACAGCAUUCAACCCACAUAAUGUAUAGUGCAUUUAAUGUUUAAAAAGAUCAUCAAAAUUGAAAAAUUUAAUUUUUUUUUUACAUAAUGAACCAAAACCAAACCUACUUCAAAAAUCACUAAUCGCUCAGCACUACAUAAAUGUAGACAUGAUCUGUUUCAAUUCUUUAUUAUUGCACCAAGGAACAAAUCAGCAUCAAGUCAUCUACCAUCAUCAACAAGUAGCGGUUACGAGCAAGGUCAGUUCCAUUUAAAUUCUGGAAGUAAACUGAUUCAAAUGGGUAAAAUGCACAGUGGCCAUACUCAACCCAACACAUGGUUUUCAGUGGGGUGGCAAAUCAUUUAUACUGGACGACACAAGAAGUUGGUGGCUCCUUAAUUGGAGAGGACAUGCUUAGUGAAACUAAGUGGAAUGGUAUCAAAUACAUCCAUUUGCUCUGUUUCCAUUAUUAUGAGCUGUCCUCUUCUCCGCAACCUCCACUUUCAACUAUUCCAUCUGAAAAAGAGUUUGUUUUGUACAAUUCACCGAUCAUUUCAAAUCAAAUCUUAACCUUUUAGACUUGAGACAAAAGUUGAAUCUUGGCAAUAUUUUGCACUUGGACAUGUUAUUGUGCUAUAUUUUUGUAAAGAUAGUUUAGAUUUUAAAAAAGUAAGGAAAAAAAUGAAUGUUGCUAUUUUUGUAGAACGUAAUAACAAUGUUAUGUUAAAGACUGCCACUCUUCAUUCAGGAGUUUAUGUUAUGAUGUUUUAAAAGGUGAAGAAGGGAGUUACAUUCAUAUUCAUCGACCCCUUGGGGUUUGUGUGUAGGUGGGGGAGUACAAAUACUGAUUUAUAUAGAUUUUAAAGGUCGCAAUCAAUCAUUUUAUAUAUAUAUAUAUAUAUAUAUAGUACUAAAAACAAAGUUACAGAUGUGUCAAAAGAAAAUAGAUAUUUCAAAUUAUUUAGAUUAUAAAACAUUAUUUCUACUAACGGGGUGACUGACACUGAGACUGUAUGUAUAGUACAUGUUGUGUACAGCGUUUGUACUCUAACAUGGUGAUGAAAAGUAAAAGCACUUCGCAAAUAAAUGGAUAAACAGUGCCCUUCAAGGAGCAAGCUGAGUAUAGUCUUAUUCCAGAUCUGUUUGUGUUGUUUUAUGGCAAUGACCAUAGGAGUUAGCAAUACACCACAAACAGAUCUGGAACCAGGCUACAAACUUGAGGCCAUUUCAGAUCAUCGUGUGAAGUUUACAGACUCCAUGAACUCCUAAAACCUCGACUUGUAGAUAUUCUGUCUCAUGACGCAUUUGUUUUCAUAUAUGUUUGUUUGUGUAUAACAGAGUAACUAUUAGCAGUGAUGUACAUUUAAAACACUCAGAGAAAGAAAGGAGAAAAAUGAAGAUUUCAGUUCUUGUAUUAUUCUUUUGCUUUGUAAAUAUUGGCUUUCGUUGAGCGAGAUUUAGAAAUUAAUUUAGCUUUAUGUUCCUUGCUUAAGCAUAUCCAAAAUAUAUUGUUUUUUAUUGCAAAAGAGUUUAUAUCUCUAAAAGAAACUACACAAAAAUGUGUAUUUUAACGCUAAAUGCUGUGCUAUCAUGAAACCAUUCAAAGUUGUAUAGGCUCCAGGUACAGUAUUCAGGUUGAUGGGCGGUAGAGAUACAAUUUACUAGCUACAUAUAUAAAACAAAGGAACAUCAUAUGGGUAUACAUGGUGAUUGCAAUUAUAAAAGCAAAAUGUAUCAAUCGUAUUUUUUUAAACGAUCUGACUAAAACUGAAGAUAGUUGCUGUGUAACGGUAUAUUUUAUAGAAAUAAUUUCCAUGGUAAGAUGCCAAAGUCACCUUAUGAAAACGAAAUGAUCAGAUCUCCUUUUUUUAAAUGUCUGACUAGUUAAACAAAGUAAUAUAUUUUAAUAUAAAAAAAAUCUAUUUACAAAUCAUUUUUAAAAACAACAGGGUAUUUACUAGAAUGAUACACAUUACACCGGUCAGUUUUUUUUAGGUACACCCAUCUAGUACCGGGUCAGACCUACCCUUUGCCUCCAAAACAGCCUGAAUUGUUCAGGGCAUGGAUUCUACAAGUCGGAAACGUUUCACAGGGAUGUUGGUCCAUGCUGACGUGAUGGCGUCACGCAGUUGCUGCAGAUUGGACUGCGGUACCCCACCGUCAACAGCCUGUACCGUUGACACCAGGCAGGAUGGGACCACGGACUCAUGUUGCUUACGGCAAAUCCUGACUCUGCCAUCAGCAUGACGCAACAGGAACCAGGAUUUGUCAGACCAGGCUAUGUUUUUGCACUCCUCAAUUAUCCAGUGUUGGUGAUCGCGUGCCCACUAGAGCCACUUCUUGUUUUUAGCUGAUAGGAAUGGAACCCGGUGUGGUCGUUUACUGCAAAAGCAGUGAGUUGUGUGUUCCGAAAUUCUGUUCUGCAUACCCCUGUUGUUCUGCGCCUUUUAUUUAUAUGUUUGUGGCCCGCCUGUUAGCUUGCACGGUUCUUGCUAUUCUCCUUCGACCUCUCUCAUCAAUGAGCUGUUUUCACCCACAGGACUGUUUCAACAUUCUCGGUAAACCCUAAACACUCUCGUGCGUGAAAAGCCCAGGAGGGUGUCCGUUUCUCAGAUACCGGAUCAGGUGUGCCUGGCACGACGAUCAUACCACACUCAAAGUUUCUUAGGUCACUAGUUUUGCCCAUUCUAACGUUCAAUCGAACAGUAACUGUAUGCCUGUCUACCUGCUUUAUAUAGCACGGCCACGUGACUCACUGUCUGUAGGAGCGAUCCAUUUUCGUGAAUGGGGUGGUAUACCUAAUUGACUGGCCGGUGAGUGUAUAUUGGCUGUCCCUUUUUCUUAUGUUUUUGUGUGAAAGCGUGGACAGACCACAACAUAACUUUUGUAGCAAAAAAAAACAUACCCAAGUUUUCUGAUUCUAUAUGACCCAUGUAUUUUUAUGGAAAUCUACAUGUCCUUUUCCACUGAAGUCCUGCCUGGAAUAUUGUAACCAUCUGAACUGUAUGCUCUUGUAACGACUUUGGUUAAUAAGAUAUGGGGCAUUGUUUUGUCUUACACAUAUUUUCAGCAUUAUGUGCUUAUUUGGGGUAAACUGAAUACAACUUCAUGGCACCAUUUUAUAAGUGGUCUGUGGAUUGGAUACGUGUGUGUGUGUGUGUGUGUGUGUGUGUGUGUGUGUGUGUGUCUUUAUUUACAGUCACAGGAUUCUUUAUCGUCUCAAAAAGUUCACAAAGUGUGCAUCCCAAAUGGACUCUGGUCAAAAGUAGUGCAUUAUAUAUGGAAUUAGAGGGCCAUUUGGAAGCAGCCAAAUGGUUCAUAUAUGGAGGGUGCAUAUCUUGCAAAGAUGAGACCCAAUAUUUAUGAUUUGACCCCUAUCAUUGCAAACUUUGUUAAUUCAUUUGAUCACCUAUCAAAUUUUAUUAAUUUUAUUUUAAAUAAAUACAUGUUUUAGUCUAAUUUGGUUUCCCCAACAUCUAGUAUUGAGUAUUAAUUAUAUAUUUUUUAUGAAUUUUGAUGUUGUUCUAUUAACUGACUUGUGUAUACGUGGAUUGCAAAGAGAAAGUCGUUUUUACCCACAUUUUGUAAAAAGGCAGCUGACAUCUCGUAAAGUUUAAGAGAGCGUUGAAUUAUUGAUUCAGUAGCCUACUCCACUUUGUCCUUUUCUCUCAAACCAUGAUUGACUUUUUUAAACAAAUCGAUAGCUUAAAUUCAGAGGGAUAUAUUGAUUAGAUCCCAUUUUUAAACCGAAGGACAAAAAGUCAAGGGUGAGGAUAGACUUGGUUAGGAGGAAACGUUUCUUAAGUGUCAUCCAAUAAUGGUUUGAAAAUGUCUGUCUGUUUGUCUUGUGAAGGGUGUGUUCCCAUCAGUCUGUCAUUUUUGCUGUUUUUAGAUUGGAAAGUCUCCAUUUUAAAAUGCAGGUGAAUGUAAUAUAGUAAUCAGCACUUGUAAACAAAGUGUAUUUUAUCAAACUAUAUAUUAUGAAUAAAUAACAAUGCAAAAACA